AUGAUAGGCAUUAGUUGGAACUGUCGAGGGCUGGGCAACCCUCGAACAGUUCUAGCUCUAUGUGAGAUCAACAAAUCUCGCAAGCCUGAUUUUAUUUUUCUUAUUGAAACUCUCGUACAUUCAGCACAAGUUGAGAAGUUGAAGUGUAAGCUGGGUUUUGAAGGUGCUUUAUGUGUUGAUCGUGUGGGGCGUGGAGGGGGUUUAGCUUUUCUUUGGAGGAAGGCAGGGAUGUUUUCUUUGUUGAGUUACUCUCAAUCACAUAUAGAUAUGGAAGUCUCAGAGGAGGAUGGUCUUCGGUGGAGAGUUACUGGUUUCUAUGGUUUCCCGGAUAGAAGCCAACGACAUUUGUCUUGGAAUCUUCUUCGGUCUCUCUAUUCUGCUUCCUCUCUUCCAUGGUGCUGUUUGGGUGACUUCAAUGAUAUUGUCUGUAAUGAAGAAAAAAAAGGCAGUGUCCCACAUCCUCCAUGGUUAAUUAGAGGUUUUUGUGAAGCUCUUUCAGACUGUCAACUUCAAGAUCUUCCUCUCAAGGGGUAUCCUUUCACUUGGGAAAGAGGUCGUGGGUCAAGUCACUGGGUUGAGGAGCGUCUUGAUCGGGCUUUAGUAAAUGUAUCUUGGCUUAAUCUUUUUUCUAAUGCAAAGCUAAAUAAUUUAGUAGCUCCUGUCUCUGAUCACUCCCCAAUUGAGUUGAAUACGGUGGACAAGUUUUAUUGUGUUUAUAAACACAGGUUUCGGUUUGAGAAUGGAUGGCUCAAGGAGGAUGGACUGGAUUUUGUAGUGUCAAAUGCAUGGAGAUCUCCUCAUGCUGAGAGCCUGAUAGACAAAAUUCAUACUUGCUCUUUUGCUUUAAAAGAGUGGGGCCGGGAACAUGCUUUCAAGUUUAAGAAUAAAAUAUCCCAUUACAAAAGGUGUAUUGAGCAAUAUAGGGACAAGGAUGGGCCUACGAACAGUCAAGUUUUAAAAGCUUAUAAAACUGCUUUAUCUAAUGUUCUUAUGCAAGAAGAGUUUUUCUGGAAACAGAGGGCAAAAAGUCAUUGGUUGCAGGGGGGAGACAUGAAUACAUGUUAUUUUCAUGCAGUAGCUAGUGCAAGGAAGAGAGCCAAUAAAAUUAAUAAAUUGCAGGAUGACAUGGGGACCUGGUGGGAGGAUCAACCUAAUCUGUGCCGGGUGGCCUUAUCAUAUUUUAAAACUCUUUUUGCUAUGGAAAGAAAUGUUUCUCUACCGGAUUUAAGCUAUGUGGACAGUAGGGUAACUACGGCUCAUAAUGCAAACUUGCUAUCUUCUUUUUCUUUUGAAGAAUUCUCAAUUGCAGUUCAACAAAUGCAUCCUGACAAGUCACCAGGACCGGAUGGUUUCAAUCCUGCUUUCUUUCAGCAUUUUUGGCCUCUUAUUGGCAAGGAUAUUUUUCAUGCUUGCUCUUCUUGGUUAAACAACAAUGAGUUUCCAGCUUCGUUAAAUGAGACUAUCAUUGUUUUGAUUCCAAAAAAUGAUAAUCCUGUCUCAAUGAGGGAUCUUCGGCCUAUUGCUCUCUGUAAUGUCCUUUACAAAAUUAUAGCAAAGGUACUGGCCAAUCGGUUGAAAGUUUUCCUUCCUGUUUUAAUUGAUGAAUCUCAAUCAGCUUUUGUUCCUGGUAGGGCUAUCACAGACAAUGUGGUAGUUGCCUUUGAGCUUAUUCAUUACAUGAAAAGAAAAACUCAUGGCAAGGUUGGGGAUGUGGCUCUCAAAAUUGACAUCAGCAAGGCUUAUGAUAGAAUACGUUGGGACUAUCUCAAAGCUAUCAUGUUGAGAAUGGGCUUUGAUUCCAAGUGGGUGGAGUGGAUAAUGUUGUGUGUCUCUACUGUUUCCUAUUCUGUCUCUGUGAAUGGUGAGCUGGUUGGGCCAUUUUCUCCUGGGCGCGGGCUAAGACAAGGAGACCCUCUGUCGCCAUAUUUAUUUAUUAUUUGUGCAGAAGGUUUGUCUUCCCUCAUUAAGCAGGCAGAGAGGCGGGGUGCUAUUCAUGGUUGUAGGAUUUGUAGAAGUGCUCCUAGGAUCUCACAUCUUUUAUUUGCCGAUGAUAGUUUCUUUUUCUUUAGAGCUGAUGCAAUAGAGAGUUCAACCAUGCACACUAUUUUUGCUAAGUAUGAAUCUGAUUCGGGGCAAGCUAUUAAUUUUCAAAAAUCAGGUAUCUUUUUUAGUAGAAAUGUCUCAUCUUUGGAUAGAGAUUUUAUCUCUAAUAUUCUUGGUGUUUCCACACCUUUUAACACUGGAAGAUAUCUUGGGCUUCCCUCUUUGAUUGGCAAAAGUAAAAAAGCUGUGUUUGGUUUUCUCCGUGAUAGAUUGUGGCGGCGUUUACAAGGAUGGCAGAGUAAGUUGCUCUCUCAGGCAGGUGGUCUGGGUUUUCGUAAUCUCCGUGAUUUCAACCUAGCCAUGCUAGGCAAACAAGGGUGGAACUUGAUCACUAAACCAGACUCUCUUAUUGCUAGACUCCUCAAAGCUAGAUAUUACCGUUCUGAAGAUUUUCUUUCAGCCCGUCUGGGCCAUAAUCCAAGUUUUACUUGGAAAGGGAUAUGGAGUUCUCGAGCCAUUCUCUUAAAGGGUAGUAGGUGGAGAAUUGGAGAUGGCUGUAGUAUUGAUGUGUGGCACAACCCUUGGCUUAGGGAUGCGGAAAACUUUAAAGUUGAAACUCCUAUUAUUCAUGACUUAGCUCACUUAAAAGUUCAUGAUCUCUGGAUCCACGGCUGUAAGGAGUGGGAUGUGGAAUUACUUGGGGAGAUAUUCUCACCUAGGGAUGCUCAAGCCAUUGCUAGAAUUCCUUUGAGCUUGAAGUCUCCACCUGAUUCGCUCAUUUGGCAUUGGGACAAUCAUGGAAACUACACGGUGAAAUCAGGGUAUCGUAUAGUGAGAUGGCUUUCCUUGCAUGGUAAUUUGCCUUCACGGCCUGUAGCAUGGAAUAUGCUAUGGGAUUUGUCUAUCCCACCAAAGAUAAAAUUAUGUCUAUGGCGUGCUUGCAAAGGAUGUCUACCUACCAGGUCUGCUCUAUGUGCACGAGGUAUGCCUGUGACUGAUACAUGUGUACUCUGUGGAGGACAUGAAGAGGAUUUAAUGCAUAUUUUUCUCUCCUGUCCGUUUGCUCUUUCAUGUUGGUCACAAGUUGACUUGAUUCCCUCAGUUAAUGGUGUCUCUUCUUUUCUUGACUGGUUUUUCAUGUUCCUCACUAAUGUUGAUAAAGAAGUGGUGGGGCGUGUUGGGUCUAUCAUUUGGGGUAUAUGGAGGCAGAGAAACUCAUUGUUAUGGAAUAAUAGUGCCUCAUCUCCUACUCAAACAGUCUCUGCUAGCUUAUCGUUCCUAAAAGACUGGUUAGAUGCAAGAUUGGGUUCUGAUCAAAAGUUUUCUAAUGGAAAUGCCAACACUCAAGUCAAAUGGAGUAAACCUUCCCCGGGAAUGUUGAAAUGUAAUGUGGAUGCAGCGAUUUUCUCAGAACAUCAAACCAUCGGGCUGGGUGUGAUUCUACGAAAUGAAUUCGGCUCUGUUGUUGGUUGCUACUCUAAGGUUGUUAAUGGUGUGAGUUCUCCUAUGGAGGCUGAAGCUUCGGGGUUACGUGAAGCUACAAGAUGGCUAUUGGAGCUGCGUGUUUCAAAUGUUAUAGUAGAAGUGGACGCUAAAGGUGUUUAUGAUGCAUUUUACUCUAAAGCUCUUGAUAGGUCUGAAUUUGGCAUGCUUAUUCAAGACUGUAGAUCUCUAUUUUUAGAUCAAAGUUUUACUCUAUGUCAUGUGAAAAGGCAAGCUAAUGCUGCUGCUGAUGCUCUUGCAAAAGCAGCAAGCUCUUUUGCUAGUCCAAGUUUUUGGCGGGAUGCUCCACCUCUAUUAGGAGCUAUCUUAGCCUCUGAUGUUUCUAUUUCUUCUCAUUAA